GGGCAGAGCUGGACUGAGCAGCACCGGGCUGAGCGGCGCCGACCUGAGCCGGGAGCGCCCCUCAGCCCAGCGCCCCGCAACUCCCGCACGGCGCCGCGGUCGCCGCCCUCUCUCUGCAGCCGGAGGCGGGAGCAUCCCGCAGGGGUCGGUCCCGGGACCGCGUCCACCCCACGCGCGGUGCUUGCCACCGGCCGGAGUUUGGCAAAGCGCUCAAAUACGCUGCGCUCCGCGCGGCAACCUGUUCUCUCCGGGAGGAGCCGGUGGCCGCGGUCACCCGGGUAGGGGCGGCGUUCCCGCGGGACCUCUCCCCUCCGAAAGCCGCGCUGCCCUCGGGAGGAUGUAAAUAGGCGGCACGCGGCGGGGCGGCAGCGCUCCCGCGGAAGGGCGGAGCGCCGGGGGGGGUCCUCCCGGCUCCGCACGCGCUACAUUAACUCCGCACGGCGGAGGCAGCGGCACAACUUUCGGGCUCUGCCCCGGGAGGCGGCGAGAAGCUCCGCUCCGCGUGCGGGCAUGCCCCCCGCCGCCAGCCCCGCCGAGCGGAAGGGCAGCGGCUGAGCCCCGCCGCCUCCCGGCCAUGCGGCCGCUCCGCGCUCCCCUCGCCCUGCUUUGCCCGGUGCUGGGCGCCUGGGCCGCCUGCGCUCUGCUCCCCGCCGCCGGCUCCGCGCUGCCGGCGCCCCCGCAGCGCUCCCGCUCGGCGCCGACGCCUCUCGCCCCCCCGGACCGCCGCGCCGCCGCCGCUGCCCCUGGACGCGGGGCCGAGGCGGAGCACGGGCGGCGACGGGCGCGGAGCAGCGAGAGCGGAGCCGGGGCGGAGGAGGGGAGCGGCCCCCGGUGGCUGCCGCUGAACGGCUCUGCCCGCGGCGAGAGCGCCGCCGGAGGUCGCGGUAACGGUACGGGGCGCCGAGCCCGGCUCCGGAACCCCUUCUACCCGCUGACCGAGGAGUCGUACGGCGCCUACGCCGUCAUGUGCCUCUCCGUGGUGAUCUUCGGCAUCGGCAUCAUGGGCAACAUGGCAGUGAUGUGCAUCGUCUGUCACAACUACUACAUGCGGAGCAUCUCCAACUCCCUGCUGGCCAACCUGGCCUUCUGGGACUUCCUCAUCGUCUUCUUCUGCCUGCCGCUGGUCAUCUUCCAGGAGCUUACCAAGAAGUGGCUCCUAGAGGACUUCUCGUGCAAAAUCGUCCCUUACAUCGAGGUGGCCUCCCUUGGAGUCACCACGUUCACGCUUUGUGCCCUCUGCAUUGACCGGUUCCGUGCUGCCACCAACGUGCAGAUGUACUAUGAGAUGAUCGAGAACUGCACCUCAACGACAGCCAAGCUGGCUGUCAUUUGGGUGGGUGCCCUGCUGCUGGCACUGCCAGAGGUGGUGCUGCGCCAGCUGACCAAGGAGGACCCCGAGUACAGCGGCAGCCCACCCGGGGAGCGCUGCGUGGUGAAGAUUUCCACCGCACUGCCUGACACCAUCUAUGUGCUGGCUCUUACAUAUGAUGGGGCAAGACUCUGGUGGUACUUUGGCUGCUAUUUUUGUUUGCCAACUCUUUUCACUAUUACCUGUUCCCUGGUAACAGCAAGGAAAAUCAGGAGGGCGGAAAAGGCAUGCACAAGAGGGAACAAGCGACAAAUUCAGCUGGAAAGUCAGAUGAACUGCACAGUGGUGGCAUUGACCAUUUUAUAUGGGUUUUGCAUAAUUCCUGAAAACAUCUGCAACAUCGUAACUGCCUACAUGGCUACAGGGGUCUCUCGCCAGACUAUGGAUCUCCUCCAUCUCAUUAGUCAGUUCCUCUUGUUCUUUAAAUCCUGUGUUACGCCAGUCCUCCUUUUCUGUCUCUGUAAACCUUUUAGCCGGGCCUUUAUGGAGUGUUGCUGUUGCUGCUGUGAUGAAUGCAUCCAGAAAUCUUCAACAGUGACAAGUGAUGACAAUGACAAUGAGUACACCACAGAGCUGGAGCUCUCCCCUUUCAGCACCAUCCGCCGUGAAAUGUCUACUUUUGCCUCUGUUGGGACUCAUUGUUAAUCAACAUUAGGACUUCAUUUUUUUUUUUUAUCUUUUUUCUUUCUUUCUUCUUUCUUUUCUUCCCUGAAACUUCAUAUUUUUCUAUCUGGAAGAAAAGUAUAAGAAAAAUAAUUGAUUAUUGAAAACUAUUCUGGAAACCAAUCUGCAUACUAACAGUCAUGCUCUGCAAUAUAAUUUGUCUGGUUAUUAAAAUGAGGGAAAGGGAGAGAAGGAGAGCUUAGUACUCAGUUUUAAAUCAUGAUAUUUUGUAUGGUGCUAGGAUUUCAUUAUUUGGGGAGAAGGAUCUGUGUCUGUCCACUUUUAUUUAAUUUCAUGAUUGUUUUGAUAAUCACUGUAAAACAAUUAUAUAGACAUUGUGGGUUUUGCAGGAUGUUUAAUGUAAAAGAUGUGGUGGAGAGUAUUUGAAGGUGGUUUUAAUCCAAUUACUGUACACUAUUGUGAGAGAGCUUGGACUUUGAAAAAUUUAUAAAGUAGCAUAAAAAUAAAUGAGGUUUUAUUCUUUAACUUCCUUGUCAAUCUGCAUUCAACAAGGAUCACCUCUAGUAUUAAAUUCCUUUAAUAAGUACAAAAUCUUUGCAUAAAAUAAUUUAAAUGGUCUUAUUUAAUUUGCCAUUCAUGUACUUACACUUGGAGACUACAAUUAGAGUGUUUAAGGAAGAUGGUUAUAACGGCAUUAGAUUUACAUGAGUGGAUUUUUAACGCAUAUUAUAAAGAUCCAAUGUGCCUCAUUGAAACUUUCCUUCUUGACCUAAAAGUAUAUAAAGCCUGAGUUAUUUUGUACUUCAUAAGAAGGAAGAUCUCCUUUCUUGCUAAAUUUUGUCUUGUGUGGAUCCAAAUUCAACUUCUUUCUGAUCUGUUACUGGUUUUACAUCGAGGUUAUGUCCUCAGUCCCUGUGUACAUACCUUCUGCUAGUUGCAGUGAGUCCCGCUGCAGAAGGAAGGCAUUCUUUUGCCAGGGGUUUGCUGACAAUAAAUGUGAGGGACUGAAACAUGUGGAGAGUGGAUUUCUUCUUUAAAAAAAAAAAAAAAAAAGGAAGAAAGAAUAAAAAGAUACAAACACACUUGGACAUUUGGGGCUUGACCCAGAGCCCAUUGCAGUCAGUGCAAAGCUUUCCAAACAUUUCUGAGGGCUUUGGAUCAGAGUGGCAUCUCCUAUUUAUUCUGCGAUAUGCAGCAUGAAUAUUAAUUGCGGGGGCUGUGUAUACGGGUUAUAAAUCAUGUUGCUCUCACAGAGACUGCCAUUCACCAGCAGCUCACAGCGCUGAAGCUGUUCUUGAGAUCUACAGAAUGUUUUGUGAUGGUAUCUUGCUGUCCACAGGCUUAUUGAAAUGGGGAUGUGUCAACACUGCAAGCAACAGUGUGGUGUAGUAAAAUCUGAGGUUGUUAUGAGCAAGCUGGAUUGGAGACGUGAAAGAGCCCAUCCAUACCAGCAUAGUUUGUUUAACCCCACUUCUUGGCUGAAGUAAACAGACUUCUCUGGGAGAGCAAGUUGCCUCAUAUAUACGUUGGGCAGUGGGCUGAAGUGUGGGCACACACUAAGGAACAGAAUUUGUUACGAUUAUAUUUUAGUACUAACUAAUUAAUUAUUCAACUGCAACAGUGCUUGUUGUAGUAAAAUCACAGGCACUUGCACUCUGAAAUUAACAGUAAGAGAUGAAGUCUUUGUGACACCUGUCUCUAACUAUGUUAAGGAACUUUUAGCUUUUGGAAAGGAGUCUAUUUUUAUUUUCCUUGUAGAUUCUGGAUUUAAUGUGUUCAAUCUUUGUAUCUGCUUGGCAAGCAGUAUUCCCUCUUUUUCAUCACUGUUUUAACCUAUAAAAAAUUCAACCGAGAAGCAGCAGCAUCUGAACCUGAAUAUAAAUACAUUUGAGUUUCUCAUUUUUGAAUUAAGCUCUAACAGAAGCAGUUUGGUCUGAGCAGAGGCCUAAAUUUACGUAUGUGAUUCUGUUUAGGACUUGUAUGAUACGCAAGUUUGCAAAAUCAUUUUGUAAGAAUGUCAAUCACUUUUUAGGAUGGGGUAGCAGUCCCUUCUUUCUAAACUCCUCAUUGACUUCACCUUGCUGGUUACAUUCAAUACACUGUGAAAUGUAUCAAAGAGAAAAGGUAAAACCAAAAUCUCUUCACUGUGGUGCCUGUCUCCUCAAAAACGUUUUCCCAUCUCUGCAAUUUGAUUUGUACUAUUCUUUUUUAGGUGUCAAUAUUUGUAAAGAAUGGGAAUAAAGCUCCCUCUUUGUUUCU